GGCAGACAAAACAAUCGCCGAACAGUCCGUACUCCAGUAUAAGUCGUCUAUGUCUAUACCCAGUAUCUGAAAACGCGUGUUUUCUUUCUCUCUGUGUACACACACACACACAUCUCACGACUGGCUCGCUGCUAGUGCUCGGUAUAGAUAAAAUGGCUGAGGAGGAGAAUGUUGAGUACGGUUGCGAGCAUUACAAACGGAAAUGUAAAUUGGUGACCCCUUGUUGUGACAAAGUGUAUACUUGCCGGUUCUGCCAUGAUGAGAAAGAAGAACACACCCUUAACCGCAAGAAUGUAGAUGAAAUCAUGUGUUCAGUGUGUGAAACGAAGCAGCCAGUUCAGCAAAAUUGUUCCAAUUGUGGUAUCCUUUUUGGGCAGUAUUUCUGUGGAAAAUGCAAACUGAUUGAUGAUGAGGAUAAAAAACAAUAUCACUGUGAGGGAUGUGGUAUUUGUAGAGUAGGAGGAAGGGAUAAGUUUUUUCACUGCCAAACAUGUGAUAUGUGCUUACCAAAGAAACUUGAAAAUCAGCAUAGAUGUGUAGAAAAGAUGAGCAGAACAAAUUGCCCUAUUUGUCUGGAGGACAUCCACACAUCAAGGAUUCCUUCUCAUAUACCAUCAUGUGGUCAUUUGAUUCAUCGAACAUGUUUCAAUUCAUUCAUUCACCGUGGCCAUUAUGCCUGCCCAGUCUGUCAAAGAUCCAUGAUGCCAAUGGAAUCAUAUUGGCGUAUUUUAGAUGAGGAGAUCGCAUCGACUCCAAUGCCUGUAGAAUAUCAAAAUUUUUUUGUAACGAUUUUAUGUAACGACUGCCAUCAGUUUUCCGAAGUUCCGAUGCAUCCUCUUGGAGCGAAGUGCCAAAAUGCACCCUGUGGAUCUUAUAACACGUGCAGAAGCGGUGGUCCUGUUAAUAGACCCGUAGUCAGAGAACAGACUCCAAACUCGGAGUAAACUGCCAUGAAGUACCAAAAGGUGGAAGAUGUUGUUAAUCUUCCAUCUUUUUAUUGUGUGACAGGCAAUAAUUAUAUUUGCCAGCUACUAAAAUGGCCGAUUUUUUGUAUUUAAAGGCUUUUGUAUCUUCAUCCGUGAAAUCUUCCCCUUCAUUUGACGGCAGGCAUAUUGGAGCCUUUUGAUGACAUUAGUUCAACAGUUUUUGUGAUUUUUUUUCCUCAUCCAAGUAACUCAUACCGCGUCAGCCAUCUGCUGAUGUUCGAUACCUGUUUCAUUGCCCUUAUCUCGUUGCAGUGGGUAGAAUAUGCCGUCAUAUUAUAAUGCACCAUAGAAAAUAAGAAAAAUGUCAGGUGAAAGGAAGGAAAAUAUUUAGAUAUAAUUUUCCUAGUAGAAGGAAAGUGGACACUGCCGGAAAAAAAUUCAUAUCCGACAUUAUGAAGGUACUCCUGUGCAGCAUUCUGAGUUUCUUGUAAUAUUUUGUCUCAUUACAACUGAUUCAAGCACUUCUUUCUUACUUUUCCGUGGAAUGUACCUACUGAACAUUUUAAAUUAACAACCAUGUAUAAAUAUACGCUGUUACCUUA